ACAGAAACCCCAUGACAGAGAGGAUGAUAGUCAUAUUCACCUGGAGUUUAGAGGUGUCAACAUCAACAGCUACAGAUACACUCACAUUAACCACAUUGGAUCUCCUGAAAACUGGUAUUCAUGACAUGUCAGUUGUGUUUAAAGAAGUGAAGACAUGAUGAAUGGAGAAACAAAGAUUCACGCCCUCUCAGAGACUUUAACUUUGGAGGACACAGAAAAAGGAGGGGUUGACGUCUCAGGAAUCACAAAUCCAGCAAUCAGCCUGGAGGAAGGAGAUCAGCUUGUUGCUGCAACCAUUCAUCUGGACCACCUCAGUAAAGAUGAAGUGCUAAAAUUGAUCAGAAUACUCGAGCCCUAUGACAAAAACCUUGAACUCAAGACGGCAAAAGAUUUGAAAGCAGGACUGUCUCUUGGUGAUCUUCGACUGAACAGUAAGGCAGGACGUCAAGCACCAGGUGUUAAGGUUAAUGGGCUAAAUGGACAGAUAAAUGCCCCAAGCCUUAAGGGUGGCAUCUCAACCCCAACAGUAAAUACAGAAAUGCCACAGAUUGAGCUAAAGGAUGCCACACCUAACUUCAGCCACCCAGGGUUAAAAAAGCCAACUUUUGGCUUGUCUACACCAAAUCUCAAAGGAGCAGGUCUGGAUGGUACAUUUGAAGCACCUGAUGUCAGUGUCUCUACCCCUACACUUAACACCCCAGAUGUUUCUGUUAAUGUGGACAAACCUGAACUGAAGACCAAAACGCCCAAGUUCAAAAUGCCCACCUUCAGUCUACAUGAUAAAAAACCAAAGGUUGAUGGUGAUGUGAAUCUAACUGCCCCAGAUCUAAAUGCUGACCUGAAAACCCCUAAUCUGAAUCUGUCAGCCCCAAAGAUUAAUGGAGAAAUUGGGACCCCUGACGUAGACAUGACCUUGCCAAAAGCUGAGCUCAGUGGUCCAAACCUGGACAUUGAAACAUCAAAAGCUAAUAUCGAAGCUCCCUCUGGCAAGAUAAAAUUUCCUAAAUUAAAGAAAGCAAAAACUACAAAAGUAAAAGUACCAGAGGCGAGUGUUGAUGCAAAUCUUUCUGCUCCAAAAGUAAAUGCAGAUGUCAGUGCACCAAAUGUUGACAUUGAUCUGCCAAGAGCCAACCUUGAAGCUCCAGAUGUAGAUAUUAAAACUCCUGAUGUUGAUAUAAAUGCUCCCUCUGGGAAAAUAAAGUGGCCAAAAAUGAAGAAACCCACAUUUGGGCAGAAGGUUAAAGCACCAGAGGUUGGCUUAGAUGCCAAUGUCUCAACACCUGAUUUAAGUCUCUCAGCACCAAAGAUAGAUGGAGAUAUCAGCAUCCCAAAAGGAAAUGUCAAUUUACCAAGCGCUGAUGUUGAUGUAAAGGCACCUGAUGUAGACAUUAAUGCUCCGACUGCAAAGCACAAGUUCUCAACUCUUAAAAUGCCAAAGCUAAACUUACAUAAAUCAAAGCGGAAAACUCCAGAUCUAAAUGCAGAGAUACAUGCACCAGACUUGGGCAUGUCGGCUCCUGGGGUAGAUAUUAAUCUGCCAAAAGCUGAACUGGAGGGACCGAAUCUAGAUGUCAAGACACCAGACCUCAACCUCUCUGCUGCAGAUCUAGACAUUAAAACUCCAGCUGCUGAUGUGACGGCACCAGAUAUUGGUAUAGAAGCUCCAUCUGCAAAGUUAAAGAAACCCCAUGUUAAAUUGCCUAAAAUAAAUCUAUCUGGGCCAAAAAUGAAAGGUCCAGAUGUCGAUUUCAAUGCAAAGGCAGAUCUCCAUGGACCGGACCUAGACCUGAAAGCUCCAGAUCUCAGUCUUUCAGCACCCAAAGUUGAUGGCAAACUUAGUGCUCCAAAUGUGGAUCUGAACUUGCCCAAUGCUAAUGUCAAAAGUCCAAAUGUAGACCUUGAAGCCCCAGACAUUGACAUUGAUGCCCCCUCUAGCAAAGCCAAGGUACCUCACUUUAAGCUGCCUAAAUUUGGUCUUUCUGGACCUCGGGUUAAAACACCAAAACUAGAUGCACCUAAUGUGGAUGUGAACAUGCCCACAGCAGAACUCAAAGCACCUAAUGUAGAUGUUAAAGCACCUGAUCUUAGUGUUUCAACACCUAAAGUUAAAGGUGAAAUUUCUGCUCCUUCUUUAGACCUUGGUUUACCAAAAGCCAACUUAAAUGCUCCAAGUGCAAACAUCGGGGGAAAUCUAAAUUCACCAAAUCUCAAUCUCUCCACCCCAGAAGUAGACCUAGACUUGCCAAAAGGACCUGAUGCUACCCUUAAAGUCCCAGAUGUUGACAUUAAUGCCCCAUCUGGAAAAUAUAAGAUGCCACAUUUCAAUUUGCCAAAACUGAAUUUAACUGGGCCUGAGCUGGAUGCUAAUGCAGAUCUAGAUCUCUCAGUUCCCAAACUCGAAGGAGAAUUAAAUUCACCUAGUGUUGACUUAAAUCUUCCAAAAGCUGAGGUCAGUGUGCCUGGUGUAAAUGCAACUUUACCAAAAGCUGAGGUCAGUGUUCCCAAUGUAGAUUUUAAGUCCCCAGACUUAGAGGCUCCGUCUGGAAAGCUAAAACUGAUUACAUUUAAGAAACCAAAAGCUGACCUUUCUGGUCCAAAAGUGAAGACACCUGAGAUUGACUUAAAUACAGAAGCUCCUGAUCUCAGCCUCUCAGCUCCAACAGUUGAUGCAGAUGUCAAAGUGUCAGAUGCUGAUAUAAACCUUCCCAAAGCAGAUGUUGACAUCAAAGCUCCCAAAGGAAAGCUGAAAUUCCCAACACUCAAAAAGUUUAACAUGUCUGGUCCAAAAGUCAAAUCUCCUGAUGUUGACAUUGCUGCUGACAUAAAUGGACCAGACCUUAACCUAUCUGCACCGGAGGUUGGUACUCCUGAUCUUGAUGUGAGUCUUCCAAAAGCUGGGGUUGAUGUCGAUGUACCCACAGCAGAUGUUGACAUCAAUGCUCCCAAAGGAAAGCUGAAAUUCCCAACACUCAAAAAGUUUAACAUGUCUGGUCCAAAAGUCAAAUCUCCUGAUGUUGACAUUGCUGCUGACAUAAAUGGACCAGACCUUAACCUAUCUGCACCUGAGGUUGGUACUCCUGAUCUUGAUGUGAAUCUUCCAAAAGCUGGGGUUGAUGUCGAUGUACCCACAGCAGAUGUUGACAUCAAUGCUCCAAAAGGAAAGCUGAAAUUCCCAACACUCAAAAAGUUUAACAUGUCCAGUCCAAAAGUAAAAUCUCCUGAUGUUGACAUUGCUGCUGAUGUAAGUGGACCAGAUCUGAAUCUAUCUGCACCUGGGGUUGGUACUCCUGAUGUUGACAUGAGUCUACCAAAUGCUGGGGUUGAUGUAGAUGUUCCAGGCAUCAACGCUGAAGUUGAGGGCUCCAAGCAUAAGGUAAAAUGGCCCUUCAAAUGGAGAAAAUCCACUGAAUUAAAGGAUGCGGAUAUUAACAUUAAAGCACCAGAAGUAGAUGGUACCACUGCAGAAAUUAAACUCCCCAAAAAUAUACCAUUGUUCAAGUCUCACCGCCUACCUGACAGCAACAUUGACAGUGUCUUACAAGAACUCACUGGAGCGGUUGACCUCAGUACUGACUCUACAAAAUCAACUAAUGACGCGGUUGUCUCGGUCUCCUCAGUCAAGACAAAUCUUAAAGCUUCUUCUCCGUCUGUUGGGGUCAAUGGACAGACAGCUAGUGUAGAUAUCCGAGAAAGGUUGAGAUUGUCUAAUACACGUACUACAAGCCCAGAUUUUGGCAUAUCUUCAGAACCAGGCACCCCUACAAAAGUGAAUAGAGGAACAUUUAAAGUCACAAAGCCUGACGCUGAUAAGGACUACCCAGUAAUUGAUACAACUAGCAAUGAAGAUGAUGCCAAGAUUGCCCUCAGCUUGAACAACAUGCUUGGUUUAAACUUUAAAUAAAACCAAGAGCCUUGUUAGUGUAAUUCCACACCCACUGCAUAGUGCAAAUGUAAAAUAUGUAUAAAAAAAA